GUUCAGUUCAUAUCAGCCACCAUUUUUAUCUUGUUGAUACUUAUGGCGCAAACAUUAGUACAAAUCACUUUAAACGUUAUUAUUGUUUAAUGUUUAGCACUUACGAUACAUUAAGGCAAGAUUUAUCUAUAUAUUUGAUGUUUUUUACGCAAGAGACAACCCUCUGAGUCCUGCUCUUCGUUUGUGGUUUAACAAAACCCGGAUUAGUUGACAUGUCCCGGAUUGAGCUAGCUCGAUAACUGAUGUGUAGGAUUGUCGGUUCUUCCAACACAUAUCUCGGAUUUAAGUAUGUAGUUCAUUUAAACCAGACUGCUGCUUAUUAAGAUAAUUGCGCGUUCGUGUGAGGAGUCAAAAGUUCGCCUAACCUAACACAAAAACAGUGAAAACUUUAAUGAUGGCUAAACAGCGUGCGGCUUAUUUCAGCGCUGCUGAACUACAGCUUAUAAUGGAAGGAUAUGAUGAAGUAAGGCAUUUAAUAAAAACCAAAGGGAACACUGUAGCGGCCGCAAAAGUCCGACAGGAUGCCUGGCGUAAAAUAGCUGCCAAGUUAAAUGCAUCCAACCCUAUGGGACCUAAAAGGACGUGGCUGCAAGUGAAGGUGAAAUACAAGAACAUCCUUCAAGGUGUCAACAAGAGAAGGGCUGCAAUGAAGAAGACAGAGAAGAUGAUACUCCCAACAAAAGAGGAGGACACGCCUGUAGAAGAGCUGGUCCCUGAGAGCGAUGUGGAUGGCCCUGUCAUUCAGAAUAUAGUUGGGGGCUGCUGCUCUGAUCCAGGAGAUGUGGCUGGCUGCAGCACUUAUGUCAAAGUGACUGAACAUGGAUUGACCCUGCUUCAGCCACCUAUAUUAUCAGAGGAAGAGGAGGACUCUGAACCUGUGGAAGAUGUUAAGACCCUGUAUAAGAAGUAUCUCCAAGCGGAGAUCUCCAACAGGAGGCAAGAAAUGGCAUACAGGGCCUUAAAAAUGCAGAAAGUAGAGAAGGAGAUAGAGUUGUUGGACAAAAAAUUGGCAGUAAGUGUGACAUUUUGAAUUGUCAUAUAGAAUAGAAUUUUAAUAUUGCCACACGGCUAGGCCGGUGGAAAUGAUUUGUGUCUGAAAAUACAAUAGUAAGUGUGAAUCUUUUUUUUUAAUACAGGCUGAUCCUUGAAGUGUAAUAAAAGCAUUUUCUUUUAUAUAAACCUGCUGUGUUUUUGGUAAUGUUUAAAAAGUCACAGCAUUAAUGCUUUGAACAGUAUUUUAUUGAUAUACUUGACGUAGCUUCGGUCAUCAAACUGUCAUCAAACAGAAUGCUGUCAUAAUUUUCACCUUGCUGAAAUCUCUGGCAUAUAGUUGACUUCUUUAAUAUUUUCGAGUCAUGUACUGACCCUGGCCCCCAGCACUGCACAAUCUCAUACAUCUAAUUCAACUCAUCUGCAUGCUGCAUGACUGGAAUUGGGUGUGUCAAAUAUGGCAGACACCUAAAAUGUGCACAGCUGGGGGGACUUCAGGACCUGGAUUGAGAAACACUGCAUAGACUACAUUUAUGGCAACGAUAGCCUGUUUGGCCUCAAACUGAAUGAUUACUGGCAUUCAUGCAUUUUCAAAUUGUGGGAUAAAGAAAGUUGACAUCUGCACAUUUAAGAUUUACUUUCAGUUGCUUACAAAAUAGAACCCAUUAUAAUAGCCAAACAUUCUAUUAUUAUAUUUAUAUUUUUAAAUAUGUAUAUAUUAUAUUAUUUAAAAUUCUGGUAUUAUUAAAUUAAUAUUCCCUCUAAUUCAGUGGGGUGCCAUCAUAAGAAUGAAGCAGCUGUGGCUGUGGCAGACUUUCUAUUUUCUAACUGCCACUUACAAAGCUGUGAUCUAAUCCUGUUUAUGUUCAAUAAACCUGACUAGGUCUGAUUUUGAAGACCUGUUUUUUUUACAUCCAUUCCGAGAUGAGCUUUGAUUUAGUAAUUCACGUGAUGAGACAGGUCAGCGGAGAAUGCCCAGACUGGUUCGAGCUGACAGAAAGGCUACAGUAACUCUGAUAACAACUCUGUACAAUUGUAGUGAGCAGAAUAGCAUCCCAGAAUGCACAACACAUUGAACCUUGAGACGGACAGGCUACAACAGCUGAAGACCACGUUGGGAACAUUAUUAGGACCACAGUGUUCCUAAUAAAGUGCUCAGUGAGUGUAUGUUGUGAUAUCAUGAAUGUUGAUAAACAUUUGUUUUAUGCGCUGUGGGAUUGGGUGUCAAAGGGGGAUUUGCCAUUUUACUUGGUUCCAGGCCAUUAAUGUGCUUCUUUUGGGGUGUGACUACCAGACUGAUUUUUUUUUUUGGACAAACCUUUCACAAUUACAGAGCUUCAUUAAUUAUAAACACACGUCAAUAACACUCAGAAAUACAGAUGAUACAAAACAUUACAGGUAAUUCUAGAAGUAGUCAAGGAAAUGAAAAUCAGUAAACAUAAUGGUGACCUCUUGUGGUUAAUGAAUGACACAGCACUUCUGCGCAUGACUUUUAGGGUGUGUUUCAUUCAGAAGCAGUAGCGGUUGUAGCUUGUAUGGCACCCUGGGCGAAACCCGCUUCGACACGCCCCCAAGGUUGGUCUGUGUGGGUGCCUCGUGCCCCCCCACCCCCAAGAUGCCACCCUGGGAAACUGCCCAUGUCGCGCAUGCCUAAAUCCGCCACUGUUCAGAAGUGAACAUCACUGUGCCCUAUUCUUUUCAAAGGCUUUAACAUCCACUGUGAGGGCUUUGGAAGGCUGAAAGGUGUAGGGCUUAAUGAUAAUGUUUUUUUGGAACUUGGCUUUUGAGUAAUUUUUGUAAAAAUGAAAAAAAUCAGUUUGAAGCGAUCUUAUAGCAUGACUAUCAUGAUUGUUCUCACAUUGAAGUGCCCUUCGAAGGCUGAUUUAGCCCAUUUGGAAUACAGGGUUAAACUCAUUCUGGGAGCCAGCCUAAUAACAAGAAUGUGUAAUAUGUGCAAAACACAGGUGUCAAAUUUGUGCAUUAGGCCUUUUGGAGAAGAAGUAAUAAAGGACUGGAUUUGGGCACUGCUAAAUUGUCUUGAAUGUGUAUUUUUUUUAGAGGCACAAAUAUAAUAAUUCAGUGUAGAAGUCUGUUUGGGUGGAAUAGAAAAAGAUGAUUAUGGGAUGAUGGCAUGUUCAGCUGCUAACGUGUUCAGUCCAAAGUAUGUUUCCUGCAGUCCCAUCACUUGAGAGUGCAGCACUGAUUGAACAAUUUAUCUUGUAGGGUCUUCAGGCAAUGUAGCUUGUAAUGCUUCUGUAAACAUAAUAAUUUAUUUUUUUCUUCAGUCAACAGGAGUCACGUUUGGUUGGUUUUACAAGCUGGCUAAUGUUGCUUCCCAUAUAAGAUUUGUGAGUUUAAGUCUGCAAUAUUUAUGCCCCACAGCACCUGUGGCCCUUAAAAAUGUAGAUAAGAGUUAUAGCUGAAUCAUAUACAGUAUUUCCCCAAAAUGAAACUGUCCAGUCUAUAGACAUAAUCCUUAGAACAAUAUUUGGUUUAUGUGUUAUUUAGUAAAUCCUACGAAGUUAAUGUACUCCGAAAUCUGAUCCUGAAGCUUUAAAAUAGAUCUUCCAUUUGAAUGGCUAGAUUCAUGAAAUGAUGACAGAAACUAUUACAAAUAAG